AUUAUCUGAAUAUUCGGAAUAAAAAACAACCACGGGACCUCUCUCUAGCUACCAUUAUCAUUCCAUUUCAAAACAUUAGUCCCCCACUUCCCAAAUCAUCAUCUUGCUAGCUACAAAACGUAUAUUACUUAAAAAAAAAAAAACAGAAGAAAAACAAAGGAACUCCAUUGAAAGAGCACAAAACAAGAAAAAAUCCAAAAAACUGAGUCUUGAUGCCUGAUUGAGGUGGCUCUCUGUGAGAAGAGAGCCCGCCUAUUCAUGCAAUUACUAAAAAAAUUGCAGCUUUAGCUUUCUGGGAUUUUUCGCUGAAUGGCCCUUUCUAUGCACAGAGAGAGUAGCAACAGCAGACAGCAGCAACAAAUGGACGCGAGCAAGUACGUUAGGUACACACCGGAGCAAGUGGAUGCUCUCGAGAGAGUUUAUGCCGAGUGUCCAAAACCUAGUUCCUUGAGGAGACAACAGCUCAUCAGGGAGUGUCCGAUUCUUUCCAACAUUGAACCUAAACAGAUCAAAGUUUGGUUUCAAAACCGAAGAUGUCGCGAAAAACAGAGAAAAGAAGCAUCCCGUCUCCAGACUGUAAACCGAAAGCUGACUGCCAUGAAUAAGCUGCUUAUGGAAGAAAAUGAUCGCCUUCAAAAACAAGUCUCACAGUUGGUUUAUGAAAACGGUUACAUGCGCCAGCAACUCCAUACUGUAAGCACGACCACUACUGACACGAGUUGUGACUCUGUGGUAAUGAGUGGUCAGCAACAACAAAAGAACCCAACUCCUCAGCACCCUCAGAGGGAUGCAAACAGCCCAGCUGGUCUUCUCGCUAUAGCUGAGGAGACCCUGGCAGAGUUCCUUGGAAAGGCUACUGGAACUGCUGUCGACUGGGUCCAGAUGAUUGGGAUGAAGUGGCGUAGCAGCACGAGCCUGGGUUUUCAUGAUGCUGUUAACGGAUUUGUCGAUGACGGUUGGUCGGUAAUGGGCAGUGAUGGAGUUGAAGAUGUGACCAUUGCCAUUAACUCUUCUCCGAGCAAAUUUCUCGGCUCACAAUAUAAUAAUUUGUCUAUGCUCCCAACUUUUGGUGGAGUUUUAUGCGCACGAGCAUCAAUGCUUCUUCAGAACGUGCCCCCGGCUUUACUCGUUCGGUUUUUGAGGGAGCACCGUUCUGAAUGGGCCGAUUAUGGGGUUGAUGUGUACUCGGCUGCCUCUCUUAAAGCUAGUCCUUAUGCUGUUCCUUGUACUAAACCCGGAGGAUUCCCAAGCAGCCAGGUCAUAUUACCCCUUGCGCAAACUGUCGAGCAUGAAGAGUUCUUGGAAGUUGUUCGUUUGGAGGGGCAUGCAUUCUCCCCGGAAGACAUUGCUAUGUCGAGAGAUAUGUACUUAUUGCAGUUAUGUAGUGGGAUCGAUGAAACAAAUUCCGGUGCUUGUGCUCAGCUCGUUUUCGCACCAAUUGAUGAAUCUUUUGGUGACGAUGCCCCUUUAUUGCCGUCCGGUUUUCGCGAAAUUCCCACAACCAGUCGAACAUUGGAUUUGGCUUCUUCCCUCGAUUUAGGGCACGGUGGAGCUCGUCCACCUGGCGAACCCGAUUCAACCAAUCAGAAUGUUAGGUCCGUUUUGACUAUUGCAUUUCAGUUCACUUUUGAGAAUCAUUACCGGGAUAGUGUGGCAGCUAUGGCCCGUCAGUAUGUACGGAGCAUUGUGGGCUCGGUCCAAAGAGUAGCCAUGGCCAUAGCCCCAUCUCCAUUGGGCUCCAAUUUGGUGCCAAAGCCCGUUCCCGGUUCGCCUGAGGCAGUCAUAUUGGCACGUUGGAUUUGCAGGAGCUAUAACAUGCACACUGGAGCCGAACUCUUUCAGGCUAAUUCACCGGAAGGCGACGAUGUUUUGAAGCAACUUUGGCACCACUCGGAUGCUAUCAUGUGCUGCUCGGUCAAAAUGAACGCAUCGGCUGUAUUUACAUUCGCAAACCAAGCUGGCCUUGACAUGCUCGAGACAACCCUAGUUGCCCUGCAAGACAUAAUGCUCGAGAAAAUACUCGAUGAAGCUGGCCGGAAAAUUCUCCUCUCAGAGUUCUCGAAAAUCAUGCAACAGGGUUUUGCUUAUCUGCCAGCUGGAGUGUGUGUUUCCAGUAUGGGGCGACCCAUCUCGUACGAGCAAGCCAUAGCAUGGAAGGUUCUAGAUGAUGAGGAAACCAAUCAUUGCCUGGCUUUCAUGUUUAUGAACUGGUCUUUUGUGUAAAGUAAAAUAGAAUCGACUCAUUUUAAUUUAUUCGUACCGUUUGUUUUGGAAGAAAUGCGAACGAAGAAAAAUCGCUCCAAUGACGAUUUUGAGGAUGAUGAUUUAACUUAUUGAGAUGCUUACUAUAUGAUGUAUGAAGUUAAGGUGUUUUUGUCAAUCAUUUUUGUUGUUUCA